ACCAGCGAUUUAAAGUUGAAAGUCGACUUACGUGCACCUACAUGAAAAAAGGGGAGUGAAAAAGAAAUAGAGAAUUUCUUUGACGAAAUCAGUGAAAUCAAAUUAAGAAUAAUUUGCUGUGCUGUAAAAGCCUCGGUUUGCAUAAUUCAUCGGAGGAGGAGAAUCGGAACAUUUCUUCUAUUCUAGAUCCGAACAAUUUCUCAAAAUGAUCGGUGGUUUGUUUGUAUACAACCACAAAGGUGAAGUGCUCAUCAGCCGUGUCUAUCGCGAUGACAUUGGACGUAAUGCUGUGGAUGCCUUUCGCGUCAAUGUAAUCCAUGCUCGCCAGCAAGUCCGUUCUCCGGUCACCAAUAUAGCUCGCACCAGUUUUUUCCACAUAAAGCGUGCUAAUAUUUGGUUGGCUGCUGUGACCAAACAAAAUGUCAACGCCGCCAUGGUCUUUGAGUUCUUGCUGAAGAUCAUUGAGGUCAUGCAGUCGUACUUUGGCAAAAUAUCCGAAGAAAACAUUAAAAACAACUUUGUCCUAAUUUACGAGUUGCUGGAUGAAAUACUCGAUUUUGGCUAUCCCCAAAAUACCGAUUCGGGUACAUUGAAAACGUUCAUUACCCAGCAGGGCAUUAAGUCGGCAACGAAAGAGGAGCAAAUGCAAAUAACAUCUCAAGUUACCGGUCAAAUUGGUUGGAGACGAGAAGGUAUCAAAUACCGACGCAAUGAAUUGUUUUUGGAUGUUUUGGAAUAUGUUAAUUUGCUAAUGAGCCCCCAGGGGCAGGUGCUUUCAGCCCAUGUUGCUGGCCGAGUUGUUAUGAAAUCAUAUUUGUCUGGUAUGCCUGAAUGCAAAUUCGGUAUUAAUGACAAAAUUGUUAUGGAAUCUAGAGGUCGUGGAUUAUCUGGUAAUUCUGAGGCCGAUACUUCUCGCUCAGGCAAACCGGUGGUGGUUAUUGACGAUUGUCAGUUCCACCAGUGCGUUAAGCUCAGUAAAUUUGAAACAGAACAUUCGAUAAGUUUUAUACCGCCGGACGGUGAAUUCGAAUUGAUGCGUUAUCGUACAACCAAAGAUAUUUCGCUGCCAUUCCGUGUUAUACCUCUUGUGCGUGAAGUUGGACGCACCAAAAUGGAAGUGAAGGUGGUAUUGAAAUCAAAUUUCAAGCCAUCCUUGUUGGGUCAAAAGAUCGAAGUUAAAAUACCCACGCCCCUUAACACCUCGGGUGUCCAAUUGAUUUGCUUAAAGGGUAAAGCCAAAUACAAGGCCUCCGAAAAUGCCAUUGUGUGGAAGAUAAAACGCAUGGCAGGCAUGAAGGAAACCCAAUUGUCAGCCGAAAUAGAACUCCUCGAAACAGACACGAAAAAGAAGUGGACACGUCCACCCAUUUCCAUGAACUUCGAAGUACCUUUUGCACCAUCUGGUUUUAAAGUGCGCUAUUUGAAAGUAUUCGAACCAAAACUAAACUAUUCCGAUCACGAUGUUGUGAAAUGGGUGCGUUAUAUCGGUCGCAGUGGAUUGUACGAAACACGCUGUUAAACGCCUAGUGUUUUUGCAAAAGAAACAAAAAACUUGAUUAGGAAUGGCCUCAAAGAUCACUCAAUUUUUCUUUUUUCAAACAAAAAAAUAUCGAUGGUAAUAAAUGAGAAAAGGAAAACACUUUACAUGAACCCUUAUUGUAUUUGUAUUCCUUCGUGUUGAUGCAUCGUGCAGGUAUUUAAUCAAUUUGAAAAAUUGAAUCAUGAAUAAAUAUUUGAAAAGUUAAGAUUACAAAUAUAUUAUUAUAAUAAUUCCAAUAAAAAUAUAUACAAUAUAUUCUUUAAUCUACUAUACACAUGUAUUCCUACAAACACAAGAAAUUUAUUUAAAAACAACAUACCCUGUAUUCAUUUAAAUGCUUUAUGUAAUUGUAUUAAUUUUAUAUAAUCCUUAUAUAAUGUAUAGCGUUAUCAAUGAUAUACACUUACUUUAUUUUUUAAUAUUUUGUGUAUUUUUCUCCUUCUUUUUGAAAAAGUUUACAAACACUUUUGAAGACAAAUAAUCUCCAUUGAAAACAGUUAUUGUUAGUUUUAGUCAAAUAUAAGUUAUAUUGGUUCUCGGAAUAUACUCUCAACGUUAUAAUAAUGCAAGUGUUCAUAUACGAUUAAAUAGCCAUAAUUCCAACUGAAGUUAAUGAACAAUACCAUUAUAAAAAUAAACUUAUCAUGAAAAUGUAAAAUGCAUGAACCCGAAAAAUAUAUUCCAAAAUAUUAUGUUAAAAAAAAUAAACAAGAUUAACCAAUAAAAUAUUCUCAAAUCCAUGACGUGGCAUCGAUUUAAUUUGAUAUUAUUUGUACUACUACACGCCGCCGCAACAGCUUACGAUGGGUGGAGAUUGUAAAAAUUGCCCAACAAUUUAAAUCUACAAUGAAAUGUUAUAAGUUGCAAUUGACAUGAGCAUUUGUAUAAUGCACCCAACCAAAAUAUGAAGCUAGAACGUGUAAAUCGUUAAUUAGAUAAAAAUAUACAAAGACAAAAUAAAUAUUAUAAAUAAAGAUCACAGUAAACACAGUA